AUGCCCUGCCUGAGCGUCCUCCUAGUCGUAACCCUGUUACAUCCCGCCGUCAAAGCCACCGACCUAACAUCCCACGUUAACCUCUUCACCGGCACCCAAAAUGGCGGGAACAACUUCCCCGGCGUCGCCCGCCCCUUCGGCAUGGUCAAACUCGGCCCGGACCUGCUCAACCCAGGCACAGACGCCUACUCAGGCUACCUCCCCACCGGCGCCUUCUCGGGCUUCAGCAUGAUGCACGAGCAAGGCACCGGCGGAGCCCCCAAGUACGGCACCGUCGCGCAGUUACCGCUCGUCGGCGAGGUUCGCGACCCGCUGUCGAAUAAGACGGUGGCGCGGGCCGGCGCCGACGAGGCUGAGGUCGGAUACUACCGCGCGCGCACGGCGGACGGCGUGGCUGUUGAAUUGGCUGCUAGCGCGCGCGCGGGCAUGUAUCGGUAUACGUUCCCGGCGGGGAAGACGGGGAAUGUGCUGGUGGAUGUGUCGCAUGUCCUGCCGUCGUUUCGGGGGCAGGGGCUUGGCCAGGGGUAUAAGGGGGGGGAUUUGAGUAUUUUUGCCGAUGGGCAUUAUGAGGGGCAUGGGGUGUAUGAUAAUGGGUGGAAUCGGGCUCCGGAUUGGGCUAUUUACUUUUGUGGGUACUUUGAUGCUGAGCCGGUCAGCAACGCGACGUAUAUUGGGACGGAUGCGCAGGGUAGUGUCAAGCAGGAGAGCGGCUCCGCGUCUUCGACUUCGGGAUCGACGCGGGUUGGAGGACUCUUCUCCUUCCAGGACGACGUGGUGACGUCUCGCGUUGGGAUUUCGUGGAUCUCCACGCAGAAAGCCUGCAAGCAUGUCCAGGAUGAAAUACCCCACGGGACAGAGUUCACCUCUGUUGUUGAUGCCACCAAGGCUGAAUGGAACACCACCGUCUUGUCCAAGGUGACCACUACAAACAAAAACGACACCAGCCUCGAGCUGCUCUACACCUCGCUGUACUUUAUGCACUUGAUUCCGACGAACCAGACAGGCGAGAAUCCCAGCUGGACAUCCUCAGAGCCCUACUACCAGGAUAUCUUCACAUACUGGGACCUCUUCCGCUGCUCCACAGCCCUCAUGCAAGUCCUCCAACCCACCGCCUACGAAGAGCAAAUCCGCUCCCUGAUCGACAUCUGGCGGUUUGAAGGCUACCUGCCCGACGCCCGCUCCUCUAACUACAACGGCCGCACCCAGGGCGGCUCCAACGCAGACAACAUCCUCGCCGACGCCUACGUCAAGGGCGUCCGCGGCUCCGUCAACUGGGAAGACGGGUACAAAGCCCUGGUGAAAGACGCCGAGGUCGCGCCCCCCAACGACCCCAUCGACCCUAUGGCCCCGGACUCAUCAACAAAAGAAGGCCGCGGCGCGCUCCCCGACUGGUUGCGUCUGGGGUUCAUCACGCCAAAGUACACCCGCGCCGUGACGCGCGCGGUCGAGUACGCCUGUAAUGACUUCGGGGUGUACCAGGUUGCAUCAGGACUAAAGAAGCAGGCCGACGCGGACAAGUUCCUCAACCGCUCGCGGAACUGGCGCAACCACUGGAAUCCGGAGCAGACGUCGCUGGGGUUCUCGGGGUUUGUGGUCCCGCGAAGUACCUCCGGAUUCCUUGAGACGGAUCCCCUGGCGGACAGCGGGUACUGGGGGGAUCCGUACUACGAGGCGAGCUCGUGGGCGUACUCGUGGGCGAGCGUGCAUGAUAUGAAGGAGAUGGUUGAGCGCAUGGGAGGCGAGAAAACAGUUGUCGAUCGGCUGAAUACCAUGUUUACGGAGGGGGCGAGCGGGUCCAGUGGGAUGAUUUUUGAUCCUACGAAUGAGCCCAUGUUCAACAUCCCAUAUCUAUACAAUUACGUCAACCGACAGGAUCUCUCCGUCGCGCAAUCUCGCAAGGUCGCCAAAAAGUUCUUCAAUACCGGCGUCGCAGGCCUACCUGGUAACAGCGACGCUGGGGCUAUGCAGACAUGGCUGCUCUGGAACAUGAUCGGGCUGUAUCCGAUUACAGGGCAGACGACGUUCCUCAUCCACUCGCCGUGGUUUGAGUCUCUGGCUAUCGAUCUAGGGCGUGGGAAGCAGCUGCGCGUCACGGCAACCGGGGGUGACGGCAACGGUGACAGCAAAAUUUAUGUGCAAAGUCUCAAGGUUAAUGGGAAACAGUGGCGGAAGAACUGGCUGACAUGGGGUGAUGUCUUUGAGAAUGGAGGGACGCUCGAGUUUGAGCUGGGGGAGAGCCCGAGUGACUGGUUCACGGGUGAGCUUCCUCCCAGCCCUGCGUCGUAA